GUCGCCUUGAUGUUCUCUCUCCUACUCUCGUGUCUUCACAACUCCACUCAAGCGAGUCCUUACCUUUUCUUCCAUGGUCUUCAUCAACUGUAACUCCAUACACUUUUAGACCCGUCUUUUUUUAAACUUUUAUCAUUUCCUUUUGUUUUUAGUCCAAGUACUUGUCUGUAACAAGCCGAAUUGCUCUCUGUCAAAUCAAAUUUGGCUUCUUCAUGCAUCUUACUGGCCUGGGUUUUCACAUUUGAGGGCUAUGAACAACUUUCUAUGGAAGCUGGGUCUUCCCUGUUAGCUUCAGCUUCAUUUCGAGGAUAAGACAUUCUGAGCUCAGUCUUCUACUUCGUUGGUACCAUGACUGUAUCUUCUUUUCCUAGCGAACCUUCCAAUUACGAUGAGGUCUCAGUGCAGCAAAGCUUGCUCUUUUCUGAUAGUCUCAAGGAUUUGAAAAAUCUGAGGACACAAUUAUACUCGGCAGCAGAAUAUUUUGAAUUAUCUUACAAUAACGAUGAUCAAAAAGAAAUGAUGGUAGAAACAUUAAAAGACUAUGCCAUCAAAGCUCUUGUAAACACUGUGGACCACUUAGGAUCUGUGACUUAUAAGGUUAAUGAUCUUUUGGAUGAAAAGGUUGAUGAGGUAUCUGGAACAGAACUUCGAGUCUCUUGUAUUGAGCAGAGAUUACGAACGUGCCAGGAGUAUAUUGAUCAUGAAGGCAUUUCGCAGCAAUCACUGGUGAUAAAUACUCCAAAGUACCACAAGCGGUACAUCUUGCCAGUUGGGGAGACCGUGGAUGGCACCAACUGUACUAAACUGAAAUACCAAGGCUGCAGCCUAGACGAUGAAGACGACUGGCAUCAAUUUAGAAACGCUGUUCGAACUACAAUUCAGGAAAUGCCAACAUCAACAUCUGUUGGAAGAGGACGUUCUCCAUCACCUUCUCUACAUCCUCCUCAACGAGCUGCUCCUCCACAGCGUUCCGCUACUUUUUCCUUCACUUCCACCAUGGGAAGAGAAGAACUAGACAAGCAUACUGUUUCUCCACGCCGGUUUCCACUUUUACGAUCUGUGUCAAGUAGGCCAAAAACUCCAAACUCUAGCAGGCCGACCACUCCAAAUAUGCCAGCUAAAUGGUAUCCUUCAGAACCCUGGAAGUCAGCUUCAAUGCACAUCCAGGCUGAAAGAGAAAGCCCCAAAGAAAGUGAGCAAAUUCCAAGCAAAAGUAAACGUCUUCUCAAAGCAUUGCUUAGCCGGCGUAAAUCAAAGAAGGAUGACAUGUUAGACACUUACUUGGAUGAAUACUGAGGAAAAUUAAAACAGCGCAGGAAAAGGAGCCAGGCUGCAGGAAAUGUCUGUGGACUUGGAAUAUAAUUUUUCCUUUUUUUUUCGAUACUCAAUUAUUAUUUUCUUACUUCUUUACAUUUUAGUUUUCUCUACAACGGAUUAAUCUCAUUGUGUA